AUGGUCCCGCUGCCGGGAGGAACAACGACCAAUGGUUCUAGAGAGACCAAGAAGAAACGUAAAAGGAAGAACAAGAAGAAAAAGAAGGCGGUGACGACGAUGACGACGACAACCAAUUGCACUACCACGAUGACUGUUAGGAACGAGCCGUCAGCUGGUGCCCACGAAGCGCUCGUGCCACCAUCAACGACAGCGACCAAUGUUUCUACUGCAACCACUGGUCAGAAACAAAAGAAGAACAAGAAGACGGCGGCGAGGAGCCCGUCCGUGGACGCCCAGGAGGUGCUCCCGCAAGGUUCAUCGCAGGAGCACAACAUCCAAGGUGGAAAGCAGUUAAUAACCAUCAAACUUCAUGAAGCCAUAGUUAACAGCAAAGCAGAUGAUCCGCCAAGAACUGGCAGACUCAGUGAAGCCGCGGUUCCCCAAUACUUUGUUGAGCGUCUUGGCCCGAGCAACGUCGAGUGGGUGAACCAAGACAGAGAAUCCGGACUCCCUUACGAUAUCGUCAUCACAGAGCAUGGCUUUAGAGAGUACGUGAAGGUGAAGGAAGCCAUGGCUCCAGACAAGAAAGGAUUCCGCCACAUCAUCCAAACUUGGAAAUGGCAGUUUCUGUCGGAGAAAGGAGAUUCUUCGAGCAUUGCCCACAUCUCGUUUCCGAGUCCAGACGAAGCAGCCAUCGUGAUGCUGAGAAAUCCUCGCAUGCUUUGCAAGAAGGGACAAGGACAGGGUCUUGCUCUAGUUAUGUCGAAGGAGUUCAAAGAGUGCUUCACGGAAAACAUGAGCAAGAUUUCCGUUGUAUUGAAGCCUGACUGCUAUCUUACUGAUAGUGUUUGA